AUGACCAGAAGAAACGCUCUGAACAUCCUUUCGAAGACCCUGAACGUCCUCCCCUUCACCAAAGAGGUUGGUGGAAAACUCCUCCGCCUAGUCCGUCGUAUUGGCAGCACCGAUACUCGUUCCGACAUGAAGUUGCUAGCCCAGAGUCUGUGCAAUGGUCUCCGCAAAAACGAGAAGGGGUGGAAGAGUCGCGAAGGCGUCUCGGUUCUCGAAGAAGCGCGCUUGCUACUAGCUGCACAAGCACAGAAAGCUGAGGAAGAACGUUUGCUGGAAGAGAAGCGUUUGUUGGAGGAGGAGGCAGAACGUCAACGCCUUCUGGAAGAGGAGCAAGAAGCGGAGAGGAAACGUCUGCAAGCCUUGGCGGAAGAAGAACUGGCAGCACAAAAAGGUUCACCCGAAGAUGCUGCUGAGGGUAGUGAGGAUAAAGAAGGCAGCAAAAACAGACCUCCUCUGACGACACCACGUGCUGGAGGCCGUGGCGGGAACAACAAAGAUGGCAACGCCAGCAAAGACGCGCCAGAUCUGCUGGAUCAAGAACAUCGAGGAAUUGACAGUCCUGAAGACGACUCCGACGCGAUCCUGCCUGCAGAUGACGAAGAAGUAGCGUUCAUCAGUAGACCUCGCAGGAAAAGCAGAAGGUCAACGGGAGAAGAUGGAGCACGAGGAGACGGGCGGAAGCGGCCGGCUGACAGUGCGGAGAGCAGUGCGUCACAAGGAAGCAAUUCCAAGAAAACGAAGACGGGAUCGUGAACUUGAGUCAGAACAAGUUCGUGAAGGCGAUGUAGAAUUCUCCUACUCAGUAUACACACUCAUGAAUACUAAAGGAGAAUGCAGUUUUUAAUCGUAGUCAUACAACACCACUGGUACUAAGAGGCCGAUAUAUCCCUGUGGUAUCCUCGUAUCAGCAUGGAAAAACUAAAGACAUCAUUUUUAUAGACAUCUGAUCGAUUCAGAAGUGGAAAAUUAAGUAGAGGAUAACCGAUCCAUAGGAUUAACUUCAAAUCGAAACUAGCAUCGUACGGUCUACUAUAGUGGACAAAAUGUAGAAAAGAAAAGGGAUUCAUUGUCAUAACACUUGUACCUCGCUAUCGAGGGAGUCCUACAUCACAUGGCUCAACGACCCGAAAUUCAACUGUGUAUGUUAUAUUUCUCAAUUUUGUUGAGAUCAGAACUUACGUUUGAUAUUACCCUACCCCUAACCUAAAUCCCAACUUGAAUCUCCCUAAUGUACGAAUUCAAACCUACGCGCUGAAAAACUUCAAUGUUCGGGCAACAGCGCCGCGGUAAGGCUGCUUGAUGUUCGCU